GACAUUUUAUACAUUGCAUGCAUGUAUUUGAAGUAUAAUAGCUACAAGAUAAUACAUACAACGUCAUAGUUUUAGUCCAAGAUGUUUACAGUGUUCUACUUUUUGCAUUUGGCUAUAUUAAGCAUCCUUAGCACAAAUGGAUACCAGCAUGUUGUUAAGGUAGCUCCUACUGUUCAAGUCCAAGGAAUGGAGUCUCCACAGUAUCAAACACUCUGUCACUACAUCAACACCACGAAUAGUAUGAAUACAACAAAUACAACUGUUGAAUUUCUUCCUGGAAUACAUGAAGUUGAUCAUUGCACCAGCAGCCAGUUAGUGGUGGAACAUGUCAGCAACAUAGUUUGGAAAGGCUCACAAUCACUAAAGAAGGAAUGGCCAAUAAUAGUGUGCAAUAAACGAUUCAACUUUAUCUUUAGAAGAGUUGCCAACUUAAUGUUAACAGGUCUUACACUGAGUAAUUGUGGUUACGCUAACCGCAGUAUGGUGCUACCUAACGAGAGAAGUUACACCUGGUAUUGGGAAUAUAUCAUGCUUUCCAAUUUUAAAUUUAUGGCAGCAAUAUCCCUGGUCAGCGUUACUAACCUAAAUUUUGAAAACAUAGCCAUUAUUAAAAGCGUAGGGUACGGAUUAUUCGCUUGCAACAUAAUGGGAGAAUCACUAAUCAAUUCCUCUACCUUUGGGGAGAACAAGGCAACAACAUCAGAUAAGCAUGCUGGGGGUAAUGCUAUCUUCAUUUUUCUUAAUGAUUCUCAAAUGGUGAUGAAGCAACCUCAUCUCACUAUUCAAAACUCCUUUUUUUACAAUGGAACUGAUAAUUUCCUUUGUGAGUGGAAGUGUGAAAUCAAGAAAUUCGGUAGGCAAAUCCGUUCAAAUGGCUUAGGAAUAAUUACAAUACAAAAUAAAUACGCUGUAAAUGUAUUUAUUCACAAUGUGACGUUCUCUGGAAAUUUUGCACAGAGAAAUCGUCUUUCAAUACUUAUUAAUGACCACAGCGGUAUUGGCAAUAGCUUUCAGUUCAUUAACUGUAAAUUUGUACAAGACGGAGCAUUAAAGAUAGAGCGAAAUUCUGAAGGAAAUAAUACCAUCAUAAAUGGACAUCAAUCCACUUUAUUGGUCAACGUUGAAAAUUGUAUUUUCUCUGAGGGUUUAUAUACUGGAAUUCAUGUAUUCCUUGAAGACGAAAACCUUUUCCAAGACAUUGUAAUCAGUAACUGCACUUUCAAACACUUCCGAUUAAGAUCAAAAGCGGUGUUGCAGGUUGUACAACUAGGCAUAAGCAGCUCAUGUCCACGAAUAAGGAUGAAAAUCACGAAUUCGAAUUUUUUGAAUAACUUAAUACCAUGCUCCAAGUUUGAGCUCACAACAUUACCAUAUAAUACCAACAAAUGUCCAUCAAUAAUAAUUGAUAACUGUACUUACGAGAACAAUCACAGUCCAAAUGACUAUUUGAUUUCAUCAGUCAAAUCUAAAUUGAUAUAUAUAUAUGGAGUUAUGUUUGUAGAAAAAUAUGAAGACGAGUACAUACGCAACGGGGGUUUUCUUGACCAAGUAGCCUUUCGGAGUACAUCAUUUAUCAGUAACACGUUGGGUCCCCAGUCAUUCAAAGGAAUAGUUGGUGCAACACGUGUGUACAUAUCAUUCACUAACUGUUAUUUCGCAAAUUCCACAGGAACAGCGAUACAAGCAAAUCAUUCAGUAAUUAGUCUUUUUGAAACUAAUCAAUUCAUCAACAAUACUGGCAAAGAAGGUGGAGCACUGUCCCUCUUGGAGUCAAGAUUACAUCUCAAUAACAACUCAACAACAUUUUUUGAUCGCAAUAAGGCAAACUAUGGGGGUGUGAUAUUUGCUACUCCGUACUACUCACGUGGAAAUCAUAGAGAAAUUCCGUUUUGUACAUUGGGCCUUCCUAGUUACGGAAUAAAUACCUCAACAGAUUUGAAAGACUUCAACCUAAUAGUAAAUGUCACCCUGUAUAGUGACACACAAGCAUUAUACACUGGGAAUACUAUAUUCUAUGGAGCAUUUAAACAUUGCUUACGUGUGUCGCUUGUCAAUGAAAGAUAUGACGAUACUGCCUUGGUUCAAACAAACCUACAAACACUAUUAUUCCCAUCACAAUAUAUAUAUUCGGUACCAUCCAGCUUAAUCCUAUGUGGUGCAUCUCAGUUUGAAAAUAGAUUAGUUUUGUCAACAUACUCCGGAGCUAAUUUUAAUCUAAGCAUUAAAACAAUUGGAGAAAGCUACGCAGACAUUCUACCAGUUUUAAUAAGAGAGAAGCUUUGUGUUGAGUACUCCGACGAUUCUCGGAAAUGCAAAUUAGACUAUUUAAGUGAGUUACGAUAUGGAGCAGGAAAACAUUUGGUAACAACCGAUUGCAACAAUAUCGCAUACAGUGUUCACACUCUUUCUAAGAAAAUAUUUUUGGUAAUCCAAAUACACCAAUUAAUUGAAGAAAGUUCUUCCAUAAAACUCAAUGCUGCACCUGUGAUGGUUGAGGUAAAUCUCCAAUCAUGUCCAAUUGGAUACGAAAUGUCGAAGGAGAAACCAUAUUCUUGUAUAUGUACCGAAUACUUGUCAAGUUUUAAAAUUGAGUGUAAUCUUAAUGAAAAUGGGAAAAUAUUGAGGCUUAACCAAAUGUGGAUAGGAUUCCAUUACAGACAUCCAAGCAACAUAAGUGUACACAACUCGUGUCCAUUCGAUUAUUGUGUACCCAAUCAAGGAUACAUUAGUCUCAGUCAGCCUGACGAGCAAUGUAGAAGCCAACGAAAAGGUAUUCUUUGUGGAGAUUGCAGUGGUAAUCUGAGCAUUGUCCUAGGAACCUCCAACUGCAAGGAAUGCACUAAUUUGUAUCUAUUUCUGAUCAUACCAUUUGCACUUGCUGGAAUAGCUCUUGUGGUUUUACUAUUAAAGUGCAACCUUACAGUAGCUAACGGACAUAUUAAUGGCAUCAUUUUCUAUGCUAACAUUGUUCACAUCAAUAAACCGCUCUUCUUUUCCACAUCGAGUAAUGCUGCUAGUGUAAUAUUCUCCACCUUCAUAGCAUGGCUUAAUCUCGACCUCGGUAUUGAGACUUGUUUCUUUGAGAACAUGGACGCUUAUGCAAAAGUAUGGCUACAAUUUGUGUUUCCAGUUUAUCUGUGGACCAUUGUUGGUGCCACGAUUCUCCUCGCUAAAUUCUCAUCACGAGUUAGUCAAUUCAUUGGCAACAACUCUGUUCCUGUACUAGCUACUCUGUUCAUCUUUUCAUACGCCAAACUACUCCGAAACAUAAUUGCUGUAGUGUCUUUUACUUACAUUGAGUUUGAAGAUGGUUCAUCUAGUACAGUCUGGUUGCAGGAUGGAAAUGUGCAGUAUUUCAGUGCAAAACAUGCAGUGCUUUUUCUAAUGGCAAUGCUCUUCACAAUUGGCUACUUAUUCCCCAUGACAUUGUUUGUAUUCUUUGCUCCCUGCUUACAAGGUUGGUCAAACCACAAAGCUUUCAGGUGGGUGAACAGGUUGAAGCCACUUCUCGAUGCUUACCAAGGACCCUAUACCAAAAAAUUUCGGUCCUGGACUGGACUCAUGAUAUUUUUACGACUACUACUGUUCAUUGUGUUUGCAAUGAAUUUCAACAAUGAUGCUUCAAUGAACUUAUUCUGGAUCAACUUUUUGAUUUCGCCAUUUGCAGUGCUUUGCUUUAUAAUGAGUGUUUACAGGAACAAAUUUGCUAACUUUCUUGAGGCCUUUUCCCUUCUGAACCUCGUCACACUGUGCACUGUUAGCUGGCUGGUAAGAUGCACUGUUUACAAUAAGCCACACGAGAUUAUACCAGAAGUGACAUACGUCUCCAUUGCCCUGACAAUACUGGCAUUUCUGAGUAUUUUGAUUUACCAAGUCAAACUGAAAGUAUUAAAUUAUUUUCGCCAGAUUCUUAUCAGAAAGAAACCAAACGAUAAUGAGCCAGCCGAGCUAGAAAUUAUUGAGAGAGUACCAGCAAAACCAACGGUUACGUACGUGGAACUGAGGGAGCCACUAUUGGAUUUGUAGAUAGUGUUGUAGCUCAACACAUUCCUAAGCACAAACUAGACAUUGUUCGUUUUGCACCAAUUAGCUUAAUACCUUUAAUUAUAAGCACUUUUUUUAGAUGUUCUGUCUCGAGUAAAAUAUUUUUAAUCGUAUAAUUAUACAUGCAUA